AUGUAUAAUCGCGACUCCAGGAUAAUGCGCAAGCUCCUCGGCAAAGCUUCAACCGAAACCCCCGCAGGCGAUUCAAGCAAUCUCUCGAUAACAAGUGCACCUGCCUCCACAAUCGGCGCUUCGUUUCGACCUCAAAAGUCCCAAGAUGCCGUAUAUAAAGCCGGAGUUCCAAUAUUAGCACUCGAUGUAUCCCCCGACCGAAGAGCUGCUGUCCUUGCGGGCGGUCAUAUCCUCAAAACGGUUGUUCUCGACGACCCUUCGAACUUCAACUUCAACUUUCGCGAGGGCGUAGACUUGAGAGCUGUGAUUACCGCUCAACCUGCAGGAAUAAAGGGCAACCAGGCCGCUGAUCAGCUUAGUAUACGUGAUGUAAGAUGGCAUGGUGGUUCAACAAUAUUCACGGCUUGCGCGAACGGCAAGAUUUUCGCAUACGAUAUCACUCGAAUCGGAUCUGGCUCGUCAGAGCCAUUGGAAUAUAUGCAGACGCAGGAGGAUUCACGACAGGUUAACACACUGGAUGUCAAUCCUCAUCUCAAGAGUUGGCUACUAUCCGGUAGUCAAGAUGGCAUGGCGCGUGUCUUUGAUACGUCGGCGCCUAUUCAAGGGCGAGGCGGUAUAACGUUUCGUCAACGGUUCGCGCCGUUAAAGUGUAUUGACUCGGUUCGUCAAGUGAAAUGGUCACCAAAGGUUGGUCAUGAGAUGGCCUGUUGUACGGAGGGCGGAGUGGUACUCAAAUGGGAUGUACGCCAACCAGCACGUCCAUUGCUAAGAAUAAACGCGCACGAGAAGGCAUGCGCAUCCAUUGCGUGGCAUCCAGAUGGCAACCAUUUGAUCAGUGCUGGUCGAGAUACAAAGCUACAUGUUUGGGAUCUCAGCAGUACAGCUGACAAGAGGCAAAAGCCCAAGUGGUCCGUCACGACCCCUGCACCAAUCUGGACUAUUGCAUGGAGGCCAGGAUUAUGGUCUGCUACAGCUCAGAACAAGCGCGUUGCUCAGAUCGCGGUUUCUUAUGAUGAUAGCAGCUCUCGUCGAUAUGGAACUUCAGCAGUGCACAUCUGGGAUUUGGCUAGACCUACCAUGCCUUACAAGGAGAUUGAGAGAUUCGACUCCUCACCAGCGGCCCUGUUAUGGCAAGAUCAGGACAUGCUAUGGACUGUCGGACAGGAUGGACAAUUUACGCAGAGCGACGUUGCAUACGCACCCAAGGUUAUUGAUCGCCAAUCGACUUCAUCUAUGGCAUUCUCCCCCAAAGGCGAUGUUAUGAUGUUCCUUGACGAACGAUCCCAUUCAAGUGGUCGGCCUCGACCCCCAGUCACACACCAUGCCGAAAUAGUACCCCGUGGGCCUUAUGGCUCAAGUCCUAACGCCCCGAUGUUGAGCAUUAGUCGCAGCGACUCAGAGGAGGAUGUAGUGGGCAGUUUUCUUGGUCCUAGACGGCGAAAUCGCAGGAAAACAGGAAGAUCCCAGAUGAGCACAACACCACCAUCUGGUUCCAGUCUUGCUGAUGAUAAUAAGCAAUUUCUGGCACUCGACCAAGCUAUCAAUGUCACGGGUCUCUUCAAGACUCAGCAGACAAUGGCUUUUGGUCGUUUGCCUGCUGUGAAAACAACGCAGAUCUACCAGUAUCUCUCCGGUUUGUACCUUGAGACAAUCCGGCAGGAGCUUCCAUAUGUUGAAGAUGACAAACCGCUCAAUAAGCGAGUUAGCAUUAUCAUGGAACAUUACGCCCGCGCAGCCGAGAGUGUUUCGCUAUUCCGGUUGGCACAAACAUGGCGCAUUCUGUCUUAUACAGUCGGAAUACUCCUCGAUCGACGCGCUCAGUACCAUCUGGACACACGUCUCGGACGCUUCCACAAAGUGAAGAUAGAAGAGAGAAAGGGAAGUGGAUUGUUAAAACCCGUUGACCUUUAUACUGGCAGUCGAACGCCCGGCGAUGAGACACCCCGACGAGCUCCUCCUCCCAAGUCAGGACUUAACGGCCGCUCUCUAAGCACUCGAUCCCUACUCGCCUUGGGAUUCGAAAGCACAUCCAACGUCUCAACGCCACUUGCGCGACCGGCUGAUGCCGUAGACAAAGACAACUCCCAAGUUGGCAAGAAAUUGGCAGCAGUCUCAGAGCCUGACGAAUUAAGUCUUGGGCCUGGCAUAAAUGACCGGUUCGAAGACACUCCCCGACGGCGUCUGGACUCUGCUCCUGUAUCCGACGUCAGCCAUGAGACCGAAAGCUCACAGAUCUCUAGCACUGAAGGAUACGACUUUUACGACGCCGAGGUCUUGCUCAAGGCUGUCGAUGUUCCCCCUAAGAAGAAGGAACCUCUAUCGCUGGGACCCGCGAGCCCUCAAGUACAGAGAGUUACACGUCACGAUUCGGACGAGAGCUUUGCUCAGAUGUUUUCGACUUCUGAUGCUACCAAGCAACCACCGACGUCGGUUUCUAAGAGUACUGGACCAUGGCGUUCGAGUCUUGCGAGACAUGCUUCGGAUAUGGAAAAGGAGAAUAAGGAAUACCCAAGUCACAUCCGUGGCGAGGAAGUCCAUCUUGGAGAUACACCCACAGACUCACCGAAACCGCGCAUCAAGGAACCAACAGGCUCACCGGAAGAGGUGUUCUUAAUAUCUCAGACCACAAUGGGAACCGACGAUUCGUACCCUUCGCAAACGUCAGAGCCAGUCGAGCCUGGAUCGCCUGAUAAGACCGCGCCUCAAUCGCUUCCAACAAAGGUGGAAUCCCCUCAACCGCAAUUACUCGCCCCAGCAAGCCAUCCCAACCGGACCGCUAGUCCUCUGAAGGACCUAUUUCCUGUCCACAAGGACCUUCGACCUCAUGUUGUAGAGACCGACUAUCUUCCCUGGGACGACGACCCUUUAUACCCAUUCCCGACCGUCGCUUCCGGUGAUUCCCCUAUGGUUUCACCUCUUGAUCCUUACAACUCUAUUACAGAAGCAUUGCACUACGAGUCUCGAUCUUCCGCCCUCAAUGCGUCGGCGAUUGUUCUUCUGCUGAAGCCUUUAGUGCCCGAAUUUGUCAUUGACUACCACCAGGCAAGCGCCGUUUUGCGACAACACCAUUCUCGAUUGAUGUCAAUGGGUCUCUUUAUCGAGGCGUCACUUCUACGAAAUCUUUGUGUUCAAGGAUGGCCGGAAGGUCUUCCACAAUGGGGCGAAAACUACACUGCCAUUUUCACGCCAGCUCAACAGAAUGGAAAGGUCAGCUUCUUUUGCUCUACAUGCAAAAAGCCAAGAGAGCUUGACCCCAAGAACGGUCCAGAAGGAAUAUGGACUUGUGAGCGCUGUCGCUCGACGAUGGCACCUUGUGCUGUCUGUGGACAUCGAGAACCAACACAAGCAGAGUUCACUCCUAUUGAAGUCGCUACUGCAAUGGCCUCUUCUGGCUCGUUCCUUUCUGAGUGGUGGUACUGUCCCGGCUGUGCACACGGUGGCCACGCAUCUUGCCUCCAGGCAUGGCAUGCGCCAAUUGAUAUGCCCGAGUCUGGCGCCUCAGCAACCUUCAGCGAUGGCUGUUGUCCCCUCGACGGCUGUGGCCAUGCAUGUCUCCCAGGCCGAUACCGCGGCGAAACAACCACCGCACGAGCUGAUGAGAUCGGUCGCGCAACGGUUGAGAAGACCCGUGCUCGAGACGAUCGCGCACCAAGUAGCAGCCGUCGCUCAAGUCCACGUCCAGGAACAGACCGUUCUGUGAAGAGUGAUGGAAAUGAUAUACCCCAGAGUAGAGCGGUUGGUAUGGCUAGGGAUGCAUUGAACAAGAGCAGUGGCGGGAUCUUGAGCUCAAGUCCUGGAAGAGCGGUUGCUACAGGGGAGAGGGAGAGAAGGAAGAGUGUUAAAUUUGCAGGGACGGAUCGUUAG